AUGAUCAGGAUCUUCCCGGAUUUCAGCGUCCAGGUGACGGCUUCGGGAGCCGGCGGACCCGGAGCCGGGGGAGGCGGCGGAGGCGGUGGGAUGGUGGCGGGACCCCAGGUGGGUCGGGUGCCUGUGCCGAUCCCCGGAGCCACGAACGGGACCCCGCAGAGCGUGCAGGGGAUCACCGCCUAUCAGCAAAGUGACCCCUACUGGGAGCGGCCGGCUAAUGCAGGCAGCUGCUCCGCCGCCCGGCCCAAGACCCUUCACCUGGCCGGCCAGCAGCAUACCUCCUCACCAUGGCUGCAGGCUCUGAGGAAGGAGAAGUCACGGGACGCGCGCGCGAUCGCGGCGGGAAAGGAGAACUUUGAGUUUUACGAGCUGGCGAAGAUGCUGCCGCUGCCGGGCGCCAUCACCAGCCAGCUGGACAAGGCCUCCAUCAUCCGGCUCACCAUUAGCUACCUGAAGAUGAGGGACUUCGCCAACCAGGGAGACCCGCCGUGGAACCUGCGCAUGGAGGGACCGCCGCCCCCAACACCUCUGUCAAAGGUAGGACCAACACGACGGAAAUCUCCAGACAGCACAGCUAUAGAAGUGUUUUUAUAGAAAUAUCACUGGCCUCAAGUCCAGCUGGGAUCAGACCUGGUUCAGUCUCUGGACGGGUUUGUAUUUGCACUAAAUAAGGAAGGACGCUUCCUCUACAUCUCCGAGACCGUCUCCAUCUACCUGGGACUGUCGCAGGUGGAGCUGACCGGCAGCAGUGUCUUCGACUACAUCCACCCCGGCGAUCACGUGGAGAUGGCAGAGCAGCUCGGCAUGAAGCUCCCUCCGGGCCGAGGGAUGUCUCUGUCCCAGGGAGCCGUCAACGAAGACGGGGCGUCCUCGGCUUCUUCGUCGUCGCACUCUGAGACACCUGAACCAGUGGAGUCCAGCAGUCCCAGUCUCCUGGCUCCUGAUAACACUCUGGAACGAUCCUUCUUCAUCAGGAUGAAGUCGACGCUCACGAAGAGAGGAGUGCACAUCAAGUCCUCAGGAUAUAAGGUGAUCCACGUCACGGGGCGUCUGCGCAUCAGGAUGGCCUUGGCGCACAGCCGCUCGGUGCCCAAUCAGAUCAUGGGGAUGGUGGUGGUGGCUCACGCCCUCCCGCCGCCGACCAUCAACGAGGUUCGCAUCGACUGUCAAAUGUUUGUCACCCGAGUCAACAUGGACCUCAAGAUCAUCUACUGCGAGAACAGGAUCAGCGACUACAUGGACCUGACUCCGGUGGACAUCGUGGGGAAGAGGUGCUACCAGUUCAUUCAUGCUGAAGACGUGGAGGGAAUCAGACAGUGUCACCUGGACUUGAUGAAUAAGGGUCAGUGUGUGACAAAGUAUUACCGGUGGAUCCAGAAGAACAGCGGCUACAUCUGGAUCCAGUCGAGCGCCACCAUCUCCAUCAACGCCAAGAACGCCAACGAGAAAAACGUCAUCUGGGUCAACUACGUCCUCAGUAAUCCAGAGUAUAAAGACACACCCAUGGAUAUCGCCCAGCUGCCAAACCUGCCCGAGAAAACCUCCGAGUCCUCCGAAACCUCCGACUCUGACUCCGAGUCCAAAGAAAACUCUGACAACGAGAACGCCAAGUCCGAGGGGAAGCCGGGCCACCAAUCAGAACGCGAGGACCCGGAGACGGACAGCAAGCGUCAGCAGCAGCCCGGCCAACCACACUGCUCCUCCGAACAGGAAAUGAAGCGUCAGGAAGAAGGAGACAGCUCGAGUAACCCCGAGAGCCAGGACAGCGACGACAGUCUGGAGCCGUCAGAUGCAGAAGGAGAAGAGCAGGAGGAGGCAAGGGUAGGAGGACUGGGUAAUCUGGGCGGGCUUCAUAUUAAAGUCGAACACUACGGAGAGGGGGAAGACGUACAGCUGCACAACUCGCAGACGUCUUCAUCGGAGGAGGAGGAGGAAGAGGAGGAGGAGGAUGAUGAGGAGGAGGAGGAUGGCGGCGUGCAAGAUUGCGACAGCGCCAACGCCGGAGGCAAACUCCAGAAAAGGCGGAAGAGAAGGAAAGUGCAGAAAUGGGACGGAUCCCGAAGCAGGAGGCUCCGUCUCUCCUCGACCACGCCGAGCCCCGUCGCCAUCGGAGAUACCACACCGCUGGUUGACCCCUCCCAGGCCACGCCCACCAACUCCUCCCACCUCCUAACCUCCGCUGACUCCCCAAACGGUGCAAGCGCGACGUCCUCGGUCCUAAAAAUCAAGACGGAAAUGGCGGAACCGAUCAACUUCGACAACGACAGCAGCAUUUGGAACUUCCCGCCCAACAGAGAGAUUUCUAGAAACGAGUCUCCGUACAGUAUGACCUCCAAGCCGGCGGCUCCGGGGAACCACGAGGCCUUCCCCUCGCCACAGGGAGGCUCUCUUCAAGUAGCCAUCCCGGACUCGGUCCUCACCCCUCCUGGAACCGAAGGAGGAGCAGGAGGAGUGAGGAAGCCUCCUUACAACGGCAGCUCGGCGCCGUCUUCUGCUUCCAGCGCUGCCAGUUUAGCACCUCCCUCCAGCGCCUCCUCUGCGGACCCCCUGUCCCCGCCUCUCUCCGCCUCGCCACGGGACAAGCAACAAGGCACUCCCACCACCUCCUCUUCUUCUUCCUCGUCCUCCUCCUCGUCCUCAUCGACCUCUUCCUCCUCACUGCUGUACUCUGGCGACCUGGAGGCCCUUCAGCGUCUGCAGGCCGGUAACGUGGUGCUCCCGCUGGUCCACCGGGUCACGGGGACUCUGGCCUCCACGAGCACGACGGCUCCACGGGUCUACACCACCGGGACCAUCAGGUACGCACCGGCGGACGUCACCUUAGCCAUGGCGCAAGGCAACCUCCUCCCCAACGCUGCCAUGAACUUCGUCGACGGCUCGGGAUUCGGUCUGGACCCCAAGACGCCCAUGGAGAUGCUGUACCACCACGUCCACAGGCUCAACAUGUCGGCAGCGGCGGCCGCCGGCCCGUUUGUGGGAUCUCCGUCCGCUACGGGCGGGAACAACGCCCUGGGAGGCCAGAUGACGACCGCAGCCAACGUCUUCACCACAGCGGAGGGACUUUUCUCGACGCUACCGUUCCCGGUGUACAGCAACGGGAUCCACACCACGCAGACGACGCUGGAGAGGAAGGAGGAUUAACGCAAAACAUUCGAGACCGCAUUACUGUGUUUCUGGAAUCAACAACUGUGUCAAAGACUACUCACUAGUAAAGAAAAAAGAAAGACUAUUUACUUGCUAUCUUUUAUCAACACAGCACUGUGUUUCCGAGAGGGGAGAAAGGACAGGAAAGGAAGACAAAUGUACUCUAGCACUUUGAAUCUGAGCAACUGAGCUUGUGUAAUAGACAUGAAUGACCCUCAAACAUGUCCCCCUUUUCUAUCUUUUUUCUCUCCCCUCCUCAUCCUCUUCUCCUCCUCUCUCAGCCUCUCU